UUAUGGCUGAAUUUUCAAACUUAACACAAGAGUAAUUGUUUUAGAUGCUCACAUUCGUCCUCUCUGGUGAUAACGAAAAGAUUAAAGAAGCCACACGUGUUUUAAAAAUAUACACAAAAUCAGUGAAUUGUGUUGGACCAUUGGCAUUAAUAAUAUCUCAAAAUGAAAAUGUAUAAAUUAUAUUUAAAUAUAAUAGUAAUAAUUUAGACAUUUAGCUGGUGUAUUAUUAAAAAGAAAUAUGGCUGUAAAUUAUGAUAAAUUAGAUGCUACAGCUUAAACUUAAUUAAAACAAUUAUUAUUAGAGAGAUUCUUUGCAGAACCUAUAAAUCCAAUUAGAACAAGUAUUGGAUCUUUGAUAGGAACUAUUGCAAUUCAAACAUUAGGAAAUAAUUAAUGGCCAGAACUAUUUUAAGUUCUAUAAAAUUAAACAGCAAAAAAUUAAGAUAUUGUUAUUAGAUAAAGAGGAUUAAUGUUAUUAGCUUUAAUUUUUGAUUACUCUGGUGAUAGUUUGAAACCAUUCUACUCUGUAUUUUAUCCAUUUUUCAUUGAAAAUCUAUAAGAUAAUGAUAAAUAAAUCAGAGUAUAAACAGUUAAAUGUUUGAUUUCCUUAUUCGAUAAUAUUGAACAUAUGAACAAAUAAGAAGUAAAUAUAUAAUUUAUAUGAUAGGCUUAAUAAUAUAAGACUCUAGUUGAACCAAUUUUAAGAUUUGUAGAUUAAUGUAUAAAAGAAGGAGAUGAAGAUAAUGCUUAUCAUUGCUUUGAUGCUUUUGGAUAUUUAGCUGAAAGUAAAUUAACAAUAUUAGAUACUCAUUUGGGUAUGAUUGUAGAAUAUGCUGCUAGUUAAAAUGUAAUAAUAAAUUAUUUAUAAAUUAGCUUUUAUUGAAUCCAAAAUGUAGUAGUAAAUUUAAGGAAUGUGUUUUAGAUUUGAUUGAUAAUGUUGUAGAAUACCAUAAAAAGGUAUUAAAUAAGAAUCCAACAUUAUUAAAAUAACUUAUUGAAUGUUUAUCUUUAGUUAUUGCAUAACCAUACACAGAAGAGGAAUUGACUUAAGAUGAAGAACCACUUCAAGAUGUAACCUUAUGGCUCUUAGAAACCUUAGUGAUUGGUUUAGGUAAAAAGAAGACUUUAUUUGGUUUGUUUUUGGAAACAAUCAUAAAAUUAGUAGAUUCAGGAGAUACAAAUUAAAUGAAUGCAGGAUUCUUAAUAUUAGCUGCAAUUACUGAAGGAUUAUAAGAUUAAAUAAGAAGAUAAUUAUAAAAUCCAAUAAUGAAUGUUAUUAUUCCUAAAGGAUUGAAAGAUGAAAGAACACCUGUAAGAGGAGCAACAAUCAAAUGCUUAUCCUAUUUCAGUGAAUGGUUAUGUCCAGAAAUCUUGAGUUAUGAUUAGAUUAUUAUUCCAGAAAUGAUUAAUUGUCUUAAAUCUUAAGAUUACAAGAUUUAUGAAAAAGCUUUAUUGACAAUUGAUAUCUUUGCUGAGAAUAUGGAAUCAGAGAAGAUACUUCCUUAUAUGUAAAGUCUCUUACCUAAUUUGGUUCAAUUAUUCUUACAAUAAACCACAACCUUUAUUGCAAGAAGACAUUGUCUAUCUUCAAUUGGAAGCAUUAUAGUUUCUUCUAAAGAUGCUUUUGCAACCUAUUUGAAGGAUGUUAGUGAAUUAUUACUAUAAGUAUUAAAAGAAAAGGAUACUCCUGAAAUUAUGAGUAUUAAAUCAGAAGCAAUCUAAGUUUUUGGAACUAUAGCUGAAUCAUUCAAAUCUAAUUUAGAAGUUUAGAAUUAAUUGAUUACUCCAUUAGCUCCUUAAAUAUUCGAAUUAUUAACUAAACAUGAAGAUUUUGAAAUCAGAGAAGCUUGUUUAGCCUUCUUUUAUAAUAUGGCUGCAGCUUAAGGUGAAAAGUUUGCUCCAAUUUUCACAUAAAUCAUAAGUUACACUAUGAAAUUGGCAGAAUCCAAAGAAGGAAUCUCUUAUGAUAAAGAAAAGAAAGAGUUCUCUUUAGAUACUGAAUCUGAAGAUGAAAAUCAAUAAGGACCUAUGAGAGUCAAAGUUACUUAAAUGGAUGAGAAAGCAGCUGCUAUACAUGCAUUAGGUUAAUUUGCACUUUCUGUUCCAUAAUAAUUUGGAUAAUAUUUCAAACCAACUUUUGAUAUUUUAGAUGAAACUGUAGAUUUCUUCUAUGAUAAUAUUAGAAUGUAAACUCUAUAAUGUUAUAGAGAUUUAAUAGAAGGAUAUGCUUUAUUCAGACAUAAUGGUGUUUUACCAAAAGUAUAAUUAGGAUUACCUGCAAUUGAAAAUUUAGAUGCUGAAUUCUUAACAUUCUUAUAAACAGAUGUCAUAUAAAAAUUAAUUAGAGUUAUUGCUGAAGAUGAAUCAUAUGAAUGUGUUGCACUUGCAAUAGAUGUCAUUGAUCAUCUUACUAAAAAAUUAGGUCCAUAAAUUGUAUACAAGAAUUUAGAUGAUUUAGCUAAAGUAAUUACAUUAGUGUUGAAUAAAAAAAUUAAGUGUUUAGGAGCUGACCUUGAUUCUGAAGGUGAAGGGGAAGAAGAAAAUGACUCUGAUAUGAAUCUUAAUGUUUUGGAAAAUCUCACUGAUUUAAUUCCUACAUUAGCUAAAAAUCUAAAAAAUGGAUUUGUUCUUAUGUUCAGAGAGAUCUUCCCUCAUUUGGCAACCAAUCUCCAUAAAGAUAAAGAAAUUGAUGAUAUCAUAUGUACAGUUGGAUGUCUUGCUUAAAUUUUUGAAUACGAACCAAGUCUUAUUGUAGAAUGUCAAUAAGUUGUUAUACCAUUCUUGUUAAAUACUGUUCCUGCUAUUGGAGAUUAAGAAUUGAAUAGAAAUGCAGCAUAUGCUUUAGCUACAUAUUGUGAAUUUGGACAAUAAAAUGAUGUUGCUUCAGCUCUACCUUAAAUUAUUUAAACACUUACAAACAUCUUUACAAGUGCUACUACUUACAGAGAAGCAGCUGAAAAUGCUACUGCUGCUGUUUGCAGAAUUCUUAUUAGAUUCCCAUAAGCUUUACCAUUAGAAACAACACUUGAUCAUAUCAUAGCAUAAUUGCCAUUCAAAGGAGAUGUUGAAGAAAAUUUCACUGGAUUAAGAUUCUUAGUAAAUUUAGGAAAUACUAUUCCUGAUCUUAUUACACCAAGAAUGGAAUAAGUAAUAAAACUAUUAUUAGAUUCACUCAUUUAAAAAGAACAUUAUAAAGUAUGAAAUAUUUCUAUUAUUAAUAGCUUAAAGAAGAUUAAUUAAACUUUAUUGUAUCUACUGUAAAGGGUUUGAUAUAAAAUCAAUAAUACAAAGCAGUUAUAGAAAAUAUUAUUUUGAAUGUUUAAGAUUAAGGAUAAAAAAACAAAGUAAUCGCUCUUCUUUAAUGAU